AUGCGCUGGGAACCUGCCCUAGGUGUUGGAGCGCUCUUCGGAGUCGCAAGUGCGUUGGACUGCACGUCUUCGGCUAUUCAAGCGAUUCUUCCCUCCAAUGCAAGUGUAAAUUUUGCACAAGUUGUAUCUGCAAAUUCUACCUUUGAAGUACCGAAGAGCUAUACUGGAUAUCCCGAGAGCCCUGUCGGAUUGCCAGCUUCAUGUGCGGUCUCUGUACAGGUGCAAUCAAUUGAGAACACGACGUAUGGGUUCGGUCUCUUUCUACCUGAGGACUGGAAUGGCAGGUUUCUCGCGGUAGGAAAUGGUGGAUUUGGUGGUGGUAUCAAUUGGCUUGAUAUGAGCCCAGGAGUCCGCUACGGUCUUGCAACUAUGUCCACAGACACCGGCCACAAUUCCUCUUCAGUAGACGGCUUAUGGGCCUACGAACAACCCGCCAAGCAAGAGAAUUGGGGUCAUCUUGCCAUGCACGGGUCCGCCGUAACUGCAAAAUCGAUCAUAGCGGCAUACUACAACCAAACGAUUGCAUACAACUACUAUGCCGGAUGUUCCACCGGCGGCCGCCAGGGUCUCAAAGAAGCAGAAUUAUACCCCGAGGACUUUGACGGCAUCAUCGCGGCAGCCCCAGCAUGGUGGACAUCUCACCUACAGCCCUGGAGCGUGAAGAUGGCAUCAUACAACCUCCCCACCACAGCAGCCCACCACAUCCCGCCCUCCCUCUUUCCCCUCAUCCAAGCAGAAGUCCUCAAGCAGUGCGAUCCCCAGGACGGUCUAACUGAUGGAAUCAUCUCCAGUCCCCACACCUGCAUCUUCCGCCCCGAAACCCUCCUCUGCACCACCACCAAUCCCCAAAACACAUCUACCUGCCUCACCUCCCCACAACUCACCACCCUCGACAACAUCUACGCCCCCUACACCGGCGAAAACCAAACCUUUUUCAUGCCAGGCCUCAGCCUCAGCAGCGAAACAAACUUCCGCGUUCUCCUUGGCUCCUCAGCCCCAAACACCCUGGGUACACACUACAUGCAAUACUUCAUGGGCCUGGGCCCCGACUGGGCCUGGCAAGACUUCACAGACGAAACUGCGCGGCACGCCGAUGCCCUGGAUCCAGGACACGCAAGUGUCGGCUUCGACCUCAGCGCCUUUUCUGCCCGCGGCGGCAAACUCCUCUCCUACCACGGUAUGAGCGACGGCCACAUCCCCACGGAUAUGCUAAAAUACCUGCACCAACAAAUCACACGCACCCUCGCACCCCGCGGCAUCUCCGUCCACGACUUCUUCCGCACCUUUUACGUCCCCGGCAUGGGCCACUGUUCCGGCACCGUCGUGGACGCGCCCUGGUACUUUGCCGGACCCGGCCAGGCUUCUGAUCUCGGGCCCAUGGUGCACGGUGUCCCUGGGUUCGAGGACGCCGAGCACGAUGCCUUGCUUGCGAUGAUGGCGUGGGUCGAGGACGGGCGCGCGCCUGAACGUAUCGUGGGUACAAAGUUUGAGGGGGAGAAUGUGGGCGCGGGGGUUAGGCGGCAGAGGCCGUUGUGUGUGUGGCCUGCGGAGGCGAGGUAUAAGGGUACGGGGGAUGUGGAUCGGGCGGAGAGUUGGGAGUGUAUGAGGUUGGGUGAGUGA